AUGUCGGAAUAUGUGGACGGAUGUGAUACCCGACAAAACACUAGUCAAAUCACUGAUCAUAAUACCGAUCAAAACACCCGUCAAAGUAUUCGACAAAAUACUAGUCAACCUACCGGUUAUACCACCCGUCAAAAUACCCGACAAAACACUGGUCAACCCACCGGUUAUACCACCCGUCAAAAUACCCGACAAAACACUGGUCAACCCACCGGUUAUAUCACCCGUCAAAAUACUCGACAAAACAAUAGGUUAAAACACAACUAUAAUAAUCAGAAUUUAACGAAAAGUAAUAAUACAUUUGAUUCAUCACAUGAUAAUUAUUGGAUUUUAAAUGCUAACAAUAAUAGUAAGACCACUACUGACACACCAGCUAUGAAUAGUGGCGGAGAUGACUGUCAUAAAGGCUAUAGUAGUGGGGGUAAUCACAGUAGCAGUGGAUGUGAUAGUGGUUGGGGUAACCAUAGUAGCAGUGGAGGCGGAUAUAGUGGUGGUGGGGGUGGCUAUAGUAGCGGUGGAUGUGAUAGUGGUGGGGGUAACCACAGUAGCAGUGGAGGCGGAUAUAGUGGUGGUGGUGGUGGCUAUAGUAGCGGUGGAUGUGAUAGUGGUGGGGGUAACCACAGUAGCAGUGGAGGCGGAUAUAGUGGUGGUGGAGGCGGAUAUAGUGGUGGUGGAGGCGGAUAUAGUGGUGGUGGCUAUAGUAGCGGUGGAUGUGAUAGUGGCGGAUGUGAUAGUGGGGGUGGAUGUGAUAGUGGGGGUGGAUGUGAUUAA